UUGAUGCAAGUUCUUGAAACAAAAAAGAACAGAUUAUGAUAAGCGAUUACACUCAUUGCCAUUUUUAUUUUGUAUCAUUGAUAGUAAUGAGUUCAAAAAGUGCAAGAUUACAUGUUGUGUGAUGACGUCAUCACUUUAUGAGCUCCAACUGGGAAAGUAUAUUAAUUUCACAUAGGGCCCAGAAUAAGCCUUAGUUGAGAUUAUCUGCCCCUCCUUUGUUUGGUCAAGAAUUCAUUUAAUAGGACAUUGGACACGGUAGGCUGCAGAAACUUCCGAAAUAUAUGGAUUGCAUCUUCUCUAGGACCUGACUACUUUGAUACUAUUAGCUUAGGGACUGGAGAAUUCAAAGUAAAAGGAAGUGGGGAAAUGUUUGUCUAGCUGAGCUGCAGAUAUUUGCUGAGGGACUGGACAAUUCAAAAUGAGAGGUCCUCGCUUCAGAAAUGUUUCUGCUUAGCUGAACUGCAGGCAGUUGAAGAGAUCAUGUUAUUGAUUAAUAACAGACCCUAAAUUCUUGAUAUCUUCUCUUGGGAAUAUAGAAAGAGAAAUUGUAGAAACGGCAGUGUUGACUUUAACUCUGAAAAGAGCUGCAUUUUUUAUGGAUGGAAGAGAAAUCGCAUUACUAGUAAACAGUUAGUUGUGGCAAUAGAUUCCAUGAAACCCUUUUGUGUUAAUUCACCUGUUAUAGUACACACGUUUUGAAAAUUGUGCAAAUACUUUCAGAAAAGUGGGGAGAUAAUAACCUCAUAAGAAAAAUUAGCUAUUUUUUUUUUCAAAACUCACACUCACAUUGAAGAGAGCAUACAAUAACAACUGCUGAAGAAAUUGUGAUUUCACCAAAAAGGGAUAAUGUUUUAAAUCUUCUCAUUGAAAGACAAACAGAAAAAAGCUAGUAGAAAUUCUGUGAUCAAUUACAUCCAAGAAGAAAUGGAGAACACCUUGAAAGAAGAGCAGUGGGGAGACUAUGAGACAUUUGCUGUUUCUCUAAAAAAUACUUCUGUUCAUGAAAGAAUUCAGGAUGGAAAAAAAGUACACAAAUGUCAGUACUGUGAUAUGACAUUUCCUUAUAAAUCUAAUUGUACUCUCCAUGAAAGAAUUCACACUGGAGAAAAACCAUACAAAUGCCAGUUCUGUGAUAAGACGUUUAUUCAAAAACACAAUUGCAGUCUUCAUGAAAGAAUCCACACUGGAGAGAAACGAUACAAAUGUCAGCACUGUGAUAGGGCAUUUACUCACAAACUGUCUUGUACUAUUCAUGAGAGAACUCACACUGGAGAGAAACCAUACAAAUGCCAGUAUUGCGAUACAGCAUUUACUCAAAAAAGGAGUUGUGUUCUUCACGAAAGAAUUCACACUGGGGAUAAACGAUAUAAAUGUCAGUACUGUGAUAAGGCAUUUACUCAUAAAAAUGCUUGUACUGGUCAUGAAAAAACUCACAUUGGGGAAAGGCCCUUCAAAUGCCAGUUUUGUGAUAAGACAUUUACUAGAAAACAACACUGCAUAGACCAUGAAAGAAUUCACACUGGAGAGAAAACAUCCAAAUGCCAGUACUGUGAUAAAACAUUUGCUAGAAAACAGAAAUGCAUUGAACAUGAAAGAAUUCACACUGGAGAGAAUACAUACAAUUGCCAGUACUGUGAUAAAAGAUUUGUCAUUAAAAACCAGUGCAUUGACCAUGAGAGAAUUCACACUGGAGAGAAACCAUACAAAUGCCAGUACUGUGAUAAAACAUUUUCUCGCAAACAGAAAUGCACAAUCCAUGAAAGAAUUCACACUGGAGAAAAACCAUACAAAUGCCCAUAUUGUGAUAAGGAAUUUAGAACAAGGAAUCAUUAUGUUCAACAUGAGAGAACCCAUACAGGAGAGAAACCCUACAAAUGUCAAUAUUGUCUGCAGGCAUUUUCUCAUAAAGGGAGUUGCAAUAAUCAUGAAAGAAUUCAUGUUGGCGAGAAACCCCACAAAACUCAGCAGUGGAGUGAGUCAUUUGAUGUAAAGUCUGAUUGUGUUGUACUUUAUCCUGAAGUUAUUCACAGUGAAGGUAAACCAUACAAGUGUAAUUUUUGUUACAAGACAUUUGUCAGCAAAAAUGAAUGUGAUCUACAUGAAAAAGAUCACACAAUAGCACAUGGACAUUGUGAUACAGAAGUUGACUAUUGUAAAAAUGUGGUCAGCCCUGAUAUUGACAGAGUACCACAAAAAUUGAUCAAAAGUGAAAAUGGAGAUGAUGGUCCAACAAGGAAUCAGCCGUAUCCUGUGGCUUUGUUUAAAAACGCAUUUACUUAAAGUUUAGUCUUAGAUAUAUACUAACACUUUGUGUUGUAGCAUUGUGAAGAUAAUUAACAUUUAAUGCACAGAUAGUUCUGUUUUAAAAAUUAGGAAAAAUUGGUUUGAUGUACACGUUGUAAGUAUUAAAUGGCAAUUCUGCUGAUUA